UGGCAGCUGAGCGUCCCGGGGCAGCUACUUCUGACGUUGCAUCGCCAAGAGUCCGGAGGCUGAGGUUUGUGUGGAUAAAUGCUCCAGAGCUUACUGUUGCGAAAGGGGGACCUGGGAAGAGCCAGAGCCGUGUUUUUCUGUGCAGUCUCUACAAGCCUCAGACUGGAAUUUUUCCUUCCUUUAAUUUUCAGGAGGUUUCUGUCUGGAAGUAGAGAAUGCCCGAGUAUUCACUUGAAGUUUGGCCUUUUAUCGGCGUUAGAAGAAACGACGUUAAAGCGAUUUAACGCGGUCUAAAACUUCUCUCAUAGUUUAUCAGUUUUCUUCUAUGCUUAUGAAUUCUUCAGUGUUGGAUCUUUGUGAAGAAGCGAUACUUUUCCUUUUAUCAGUAGGAACCAAAGUGUUCCUGGGAUGAAGUUAACGCUUUAACUUUACGCACAGUUAAAGUUCCGCCUGUUUUUGUGUGGUUUGAUUUCCUCCAGCAGCGGAGGGCAUGCUCUGAAAGCGAUCCUGCUGAACAACUGUGCGUCCUGUCCUCUGGCCGUCUUCAUCUGGAGUUAACAGACAAACAAAUGCUGUAAAGAAACAACAGGACAACACCGAAGCUCCACGGCUGGAUCAUUUUGCGGGGGGACUGGUUUACUCGAAGGAUCCACAAUGAGGGCGUUUAUUUGUGUUAGUUUGGCUCUGAUUUAUCUGCUCACCUGGACCGAAGCCGACAUACCGACUCCUCUGAAGCGUGCGCAGCUCCAUCGAAGCGCAAAAACUGAACGUCUCCGUCUGCGCGCAACGGGUAAUGAGGCAUUCGCCAGGCGCUUUCGGACGAUCACAAUGCAAAGUUCAAAGAGUGCGGGAAAUAUGCAGUCUGACGGUGGGGCACCAGUUCCCGUCAGGCCAGGGGCAUUAAAGGGCAGGAGAGGGGGAGGUCAGGGUCUGUUGGCACGGAGAGAGGGUGCCGGACAGAUUGGCUUGCCGCAGCGAUCGGACAUGUUGCACGACGAGGGCACCCCAGGAGCGAGAGCCAGGGUCUCCAGGAUGCCAAACAGUGCGGGGUCACCCAACCUGCUGGCUAGUUUAGCAGGGAAGAACCGAGUUCUGGUGAUCUCAGCGCCCCAUGAGUCGGACGGCUACUAUCGGCUUAUGAUGUCUCUCCUGAAACCAGACGUCUACUGCGAGCUGGCCGAGAGACACGUCCACCAGGUCGUCGUGUUCCAUCAGGAGGGGGAGAUGGGGGGCAAGGUGAGAAGAAUCACCGCUGAGGGGAAGGUGCUGCAGGAGCCACUGGAUACAGCGCUUAUCCCCAGGCUCAUGAGCUUCCUCAAACUAGAGAAGGGCAAGUUUGGAAUGGUGCUCCUGAAGAAAACCCUGCAGGUGGAGGAGAAGUACCCCUACCCCGUGAGACUGGAAGCCAUGUAUGAGGUCAUUGACCAGACGCCCAUGAGGAAGGUGGAGAAGCUACGCCAGAAGGGCUUUGUCCAGAAGUGUAAAGCAGCAGGUGUGGAGGGUCAGGUGGAAGACGUCCCACACACAGAGAGAACAACAAAAAAGACACAGGUCUCAACAACAGCUGCUACAACUACCGCCACAACUAGACAGCCACCAACAACAACGCCAACAACAACCACAACAACUACAACUAGAUCCACAACUACCACUACUACCACAACCAAAGCUACAACAACCACAACAACAACCACCACCAAACCCACCACCACCACAACCAAGAAACCCACCACAACCCAGAGUCCCACAAGAGCCCAGCCUACAACACUUUGGCUCCCAGCUCCCAGAACUACAGCUGAUCCUUACAAUGACAACCACAGAGAGAGGUACACGGCGAAAACCACCCCGACUGGAGACAACCGCACUAACAAGGACAACAGAGAUUCAUACAGCAAAAAGCUGGUGCCUGUUUCACACAAACCCACUAAGGCCAAGUCCACCAAGAAGAAGAACAAGGCAGAGAAGGUGUCACCUAAAGAUUAUGAGGACAACUAUGAACCCAGCAAGCCAAUUUCUAGCAAUCCAGAGGAGAUGGAAUCUGUCUCAGAUAUCAGUCCAACCAAAAUAGUCAAAGGUAAGCAGGACAAGAAGAAGAAGAAAAUGAAUUCCAAUAAAGCUGUCAGGCGAGGAGGAAAACCUGGGAAAGAAGGGAAGAUCGAGGGAAGGCCAAGUGGAAAGAAGCUGACAAAGUACCCAGAAAGACAGGACUACCCAAUACCCACAAAGAAGCCAACACCCCCUCCCAAGGGCUCCCUGGCUUCUUUUCUGGACUACUUUGUGAACAGAAGGCGGCUGCUGCUGAUUACAUCUCCCAGUGAGGAGAACAGAAUGUAUGUUCAGCAGAGGGAUGAGUACCUGGAGUCUGUGUGUGAGAUGGCUAUCAGGAAAGUUUCCAUCAUCACCAUCUUUGGCUCCCUAACCAACUCCACCAUGAAAAUCGACCACUAUCAGAUAGAGAAUGACAAACCUAUGAAGGGUCUUCGUCAAGAGGACCUGGUGAACCAAGACCUGAUCACAGAGCUGAGGAAGGAGUUUGGAAUGACAUACAAUGAGUUCUACAUGGUUCUCACUGACACCGACAUGAGAGUCAAGCAAUCCUAUGAGGUUCCCAUUGCCAUGAAAGCUGUGUUUAACUACAUCGACACCUUUUCUUCCCGAAUUGGGGAGAUGGAGCAGCAGAAGAGAGAUGGUGUUGUCUGUAAGAAAGAGGACAAACCCAGAUCUCUGGAAAAUUUCUUGUCCAGGUUCAGAUGGAGACGUCGUCUGUUCAUCAUCUCCGCCCCCAGCGAUGAGGAGUGGUCCUAUCAGCAGCAGCUAUACGCCCUGAGCAGCCAGGCAUGCAAUCUGGGUCUGAGGCACAUCGCCAUCCUGAAGCUGGUUGGUACUGAGCUGCCUGACAUGGGGGGAGUCUUGGAACUUUAUCCCAUAAAUGGGAGUGCUACAGUGGAGCGUGAAGGGCUCCCAGCCACCCUGGUGAAGGACAUGAGGAACUACUUCCAAAUCAGCCCAGAGUACUUCUCCAUGCUGCUUGUGGGGAAAGACGGCAACGUGAAGUCCUGGUACCCUUCGUCCAUGUGGUCCAUGGCUAAUGUCUAUGACUUGGUGGACUCUAUGCAGCUUCGCAGACAGGAGAUGGCCAUCCAGCAAUCACUCGGCAUGCGGUGCCCAGAAGACGAGUAUGGCGGAUACGGCUACCAUCAGCAUGGCUAUGAACACGGUUACCAGGAUGGCUAUCACCAGGGUUACGGUUACUAAGUGAUGAGUGACAAUCACAAGCUGGUCCUCUGCACCUUUUUCUCUGAUAUCUUUCAUCAUGUUUUCUAGCCACCCUCGACAUGGUAGUCAAGGGUGUAGACAUUCUCUUUGAAUGUUUUGUAGCACUUAAAGGAAAAUCUGGAGCUCAUUUCAUGUACCCAUUUCAUUCGUGUACGGCACGUUGUACGAGGUGCAGGAAACGAAUUUGUAUUCCCACCUGGUCAGUGACAACAUGUUCAGGUGAGGCUGGAGGAUCAGGAAUGUGUGUGGCUGUUUUAUGUAUUUUUUCCCUUUCCAGCAUCAAGCAUACUUGUAUAAUCAUCUUCCACAUUUACUUGCUUGUCAGAUUAACAUUUUCAUAUUAUCAGGACAGAUCAUUUUGUUGUUUUUUUUUUUUGUGGAUAAUGGGCUUAAAGAUGUAUUUAUUGGAAAUCUGCUGCAUCUGUUGUGCAAUUAACAAUCUUUGUUAAAAUCAGUUACAUUAUUUCUCCUCUGUAAAGUCUUUGUUGCUCUACAAUGUUCCUAUUUAUACUAUAUUAGCAAAUAUGACAAAUAAAAAUGUGUUUAGUA